UGUAGCACGCGGUAUCAAAACAUAAACUGAGUGGAAGUGGAACGGUCUCCACGAUCUCUGAUUCUUUCGUCUUAAAAAUAUAUUUCUUUUGGCAAGGAACUGAACGAAAGCAAAAUGAGUAGCGGCCUGGGUCUGCCAGACUUUGUAGAGCGUAAAGGCUCGUUGUUUUUGCGUUCUGAUCAUAUGGAUUACAGUCGUCCAACCCUCAACUCGAAUUGGCACCAGGCAAGAGAAGCAGAACCCAAAGACUAUGACAUCAACAACGAAUCUGAAAAGAAAGACCUUCAUCGAACCACUUACAAGAGAAUUGGAAACAUCACCGAUGGAUCAUUCCCGCUGACUACCACCCAGUACUCCAUGCAGCAGAUUCAUCUCAAGAAGGACUUUGAAGAGAAGGAAACACGCAAGCCAAUGGUGACCUUGGACACCUAUCAAGUCGCUGACAUCGACAGAGAUACAGGCCACCCUAAGACAGGUUACGGUGCCGUCCUUCCACGUCAUCACCCUCAGCACGAUAAGAGACAUCUAGAAACAACAAACCGAGCAGACUACAAACCUCCAUUCCCUUACACACCUGUACCGGAACAGCCACCAGAUUUUCCCGAUGACUCUAAUGUGUUCAGGCACUGCCACAGUCAGUUUACCGACACGGCAGACUACCGGCGGUUUGGCCGCAACACAUGGCAAGACGAGAGCGGACAGUACCCUAACUCCCAGCUGCAGAGAGACUACUACAAACCCACCAACACGAUACCCCAAGUACUGGAGUAGUUUAAACAAUGUCUGUCAUUGCAAGCAGGUCGAACUAGGAAUGUAAAAAAAAGGGGGGGGGAGACCGAAAUAAGUAUAGGAAUUAACAAAAAUAAUAGCAAAUUAUGCUUUAAUGAUGUGGAUAACUAGAAAACCAGAGAGUAAUUCCACUGGGGAAGAACAGUGAGGCGUCACGGGUCAUGUGACCCAGUACAGCCAAUCAUGGACAUGUAUCAUUGAGUAAGGUACAGCGGCAUCCACCUCCCACCAACGCUGCUUGCCCCUCCCUUAAUUAGGAGCUGAAUUCAAAAGUCACCAAAUAAAAGCACUUCGCUUACCAUGUCUUGGUUCAAGUUCCAGCAAUUGAUUCUUGAUUUCUUCUUAUCCCCAGAAAGUAUGGACGCUAAAGCAAUCAUGGAAUAAAAAAUAAAAACAUGAAUUAGAAUUUUUGCUAGUAGUUUUUAAAUCUCAGAAAUACUGUCUGUUUACCGUCCUACUAAAUCAAGUGCUAUUUUUUUACAGUCUCUAUGAUAUUUAUUGGAUAGAAGAAAUGUGACUUUCAGUCGUGUUGUGGAGAAACAUGCUUAGGUUGCGUGAUUUUAUUCAUUUUAUUUUAUUUCUUACCGGUAUUUUUUUGAAAGGGGGGGGGAGUUUUUAAUACUUUUUAUACUAAUGUCUGUUAGUAUUUUUUUAAUAACAGAAGUGUAAGCUGGAUCAUUGUUGUAAAUCUGAAUCCUUUUAAGAACCACUGUACUGUACAGAGAGAAAACCCAUUAAGCUUUUGAAUAAAUCACCAGUAUGCGAUGUAAAUAAUUCAAAA